AUGGAUUCCUAUCCAUAUAAUAACCAGAAUACAAAUUUUGUUGACCUCCUAAAUAGUCAACAAGAUAUCGUCUUCGGUUUUGGACAAGAUAAUGCCGAGGUAUCUUCAUCCCAAGUGCCUUUUUUCGGUGGAAAUUCAACUGCAGAACGUAAGGAACGAAGGACGUGGUCACAUACCGAUGACAUAGUGCUCAUCAGCUCGUGGUUGAACACGAGCAAAGACCAUGUCGUGGGCAAUGAGCAGAAGUCGGGUACAUUCUGGACAAGAGUCCCGGCUUACUUUUCUGCAAGUCCGAAGCUGGCCGGUCGUGAACAAAGGGAUAGCAAUCACUGCAAGCAGCGCUGGCACAAGAUCAAUGAUCUUGUAGGGAAGUUUUGUGGAGCGUACGAGGCUGCCACCAGAGAGAAGAGCAGCGGCCAGAAUGAAACUGAUGUGCUCAAGCAUGCUCAUGAAAUAUUUUUCAACAACCACCAUAAGAAAUUCACACUUGAGCAUGCGUGGAAAGAGCUGCAGAACGACCAGAAAUAG